UCACGCUCGGCGAACGAACACGUCAGAAUUCUAAUGAGUUCCGAUUCCGAGUUGACAAAAAAUCCGAAUUCGCCUUUUUUUUUAUCUGAAAACGAAAGGAAGCGCUUGUGAGAAAAGAGAGAAAAAAAAACGUUCCUCGACUAUUCAAGUGGCGCGACGACGCGCUGAAAUUCUCGCAUAGCCAUUCCUCGGGACAGGCCGAAUCGAGAGUCGAGCCGAAUCGACUUCGGCCGAAUUGAGCCGAGCCUGGAUCGAAAAUCGCGCCGCAUACGCCGGCUACGCCGGCUUGAAACCGUUCCUUGAAAGAAACAUGUGGUCAGUUUCCAUCCGUCUUCGGCGCGUGCAGGAUUGUUGAUCGAGUCCGGGACUUGUUCCGUCGUCGUCCAUUCCGGUUUGCGUGUACAUUUCGAGAAAUCGGGUUUGUUCGGAGACAAACGACUCGUUCGUCUAUUCUGUUGUCACACUUCUGCCGAUUUUGAAGGAAACGUUUUCGAAAGCCUAAAACGGACCGUUUCGACCGUCCAUGAAUAUUCCUGUUAGAAAUAUCUCAAAAGGAUUGUCUUCGUAAACCGUGUUUGUGUGCGACAUCACGUCGCACUUGUUCGUCCUUCCUGCAGCAAUUCCCACGUAUGCCACGAUGAAGAGAUUUUCGUGACACGAGAUAAAAACGAAUUAUCUCGACGGAACACUAGGAUCGCUAGGAUCGAUCGAUCGCGAGCCGAAACGCGCGCGCCAAUUUCCAAAGAUACAUUAUAUUGUUCGAUGAGGUGCUGAAACAACUCCCUCGCGAGUUGUUGAAGAGGUUUUAACAAAAAAAAAAUACACGGAGAGUCGCGCGAAAAAAUGGCGUACGACGAUGUUAUCCUUCGCAUGGGCGAGUUCGGUCACUACCAGCGCAGAGUCUACCUUCUGCUCUGUCUUCCACUGAUAUCUUGCGCCUUUCACAAACUAGCCGGCGUGUUCCUCGGCGCUAAAAUGAACAUGAGAUGUUUGCUUCCGCACGAAAACGCGGAAAACGCGACGUUCCAUCUGAGCCAGGAUGUAAUAAACGUGAGUUAUCCGUGGGAUCCCGAACUCAAAAACUGGUCCCAGUGUAUGAAACGUGAUCUACCUGAUUCCGUGAACGGCACGAUCGUUGGCGGUGGAAUCAGCCGUUGUCAGCAGUACGUGUACGACAGAAGCGUGUACAAGAGCACAACCACUUCUGAGUGGGACUUGGUCUGCGACAAAGCGUGGCUGAGAGCAACGGGGGACUCGUUGUUCAUGGUAGGAGUCAUGCUUGGCUCGAUAAUAUUCGGCGCUUUGUCUGAUAAAUACGGCCGUAGACCAAUUUUCUUCCUGUCUUUAGUCGUACAGCUGAUCGGCGGUUUACUAGUCGCUGUCGCGCCCGAGUUUAUUUCCUACGUUAUCUUCAGGCUAAUUGUCGGCUCCACCACCAGUGGCGUGUUCUUAGUAGCUUACGUCAUAGCUUUGGAGAUGGUAGGACCGAAGAAGCGAUUAGUUGCCGGAGUCGGUUGUCAAUUGUUCUUCACCACCGGGUACAUACUUACCGCCGGGUUCGCUUAUUUCAUUACCAACUGGAGAAUGCUGCAGAUCGCCCUCACGGUACCGAGCAUCGCGUUUCUACUUUACUGGUGGUUUAUUCCCGAAUCCGCGCGAUGGUUACUGACGAAGGGCCGUCAUCAGGAAGCGAAAGACUUGCUGCAACGCGCCUCGCUGGAGAACGGCGUGGAGAUGCCCGACGAAAUGUUGGAUACUUUGCUAAACAAUAACAGCGAGGAUAGCAAACCCGACAUGAGAAAGCCGUCGCUCUUCGAUCUGUUCCGCUAUCCGAACUUGAGGCGGAAAAGCAUCGUCCUGUUUUUCAACUGGCUCGUCAACAGCGGCAUGUACUACGGACUGUCCUGGCACGCGUCCAAUCUCGGCGGUAACGACUACGUUAAUUUUGUAAUUUCUGGAGUGGUGGAAAUACCGGCGUACACAUUUCUGAUCUUCACUCUGAAUCGUUGGGGCAGAAAAAUCAUUCUUUGCGGCUGCAUGAUGUUGUCCGGAUUGGCGUUGAUAGCCACGUUAUUUGUUCCUUCCGAUAUGUCGUGGCUAAUCGUAUGUUUAGCAAUGAUAGGAAAACUUGCUAUCACGUCUUCUUACGGUGCAAUUUAUGUGUUCACCGUUGAACAAUAUCCGACUGUCAUUCGAAACGUGGGACUGGGCGCGAGUUCCACCUUUGCUCGUAUCGGCGGAGUGAUCGCGCCGUAUGUAAAUCAUCUGUCGGAAAUAUGGAUGCCGCUACCGCUCGUCAUUUUCGGGUCUUGCGCCUUGUUCGGAGGAUUGAUGUCUCUUCUUCUUCCCGAGACGCUGAACAAAAAACUUCCCGAAACAAUUCAAGACGGCGAACUUUUCGGAAAAAAAUUAUCGAAGAAGAACAAGCAGCAGUUGGAUAUACAACUGAACGAUGUGGAGGUGAUAAAACCGUUGAAACUGCAGGAGAAGCAGAACGGCGUACACGAGAAGCAAAACGGAUGACAUUAAUUUAAGGAAUUUAACGUCGGUAUUACUUUCAAAAACAUGUACUCGAUUCUCGUCUGACCGUAUUUUAGAUGUCUGCCAACGUGCAGUUCAUUGAACGCCUGCAGUGAACAAUGGCGUAAACGCAAUGCUCAUCGGACCGAAUCCGAAAACUUAAUUAAGUAUCUAUACAUUAAUUAAUUAAUCUAUUUGUUUGCGAACUUUAAUCGCAAAAUCGCUAACUCGAGCGCUCUUGCUUAAAACAAAUUAAUAAUUGACGGCAAACUGUUGUGUUCUGAAUAAAAAAAAAAAUAAUUUUAGCGUCAUUCCGUCUAAGAAACGUACAUGUAUUUUAUGUUUUUAAAUUUUACAAAGUAAACCACGACAAGUAACGCGCUACAAUAGAGUAUAGAAUUUAUAAGGAUUCUCUGCCAACAAACAUAUCAUUAGUCAAACACGCAAAAGUUCUUUGUAAAGAAUCGCUAUAUUAAUUAUGUAUAUUGCAACUAUCAAUAUAAACAUUUUUUGCUAAUA